AUGCAGAGCACCAUGGUUCCACUGAACUCUCUUUCGGGUGACGGAAGAGGAACAGGAACGGUCAUAGUGGGCAUCCCUGAGCCUCCAUCUGAUUAUGUAGUGUGGUCCAUUGCCAGCGUAGUCUACGGAAACCCGUGCUGUCUGGGACUGAUCGCCUAUUAUUUCUCCAUGAAGGCCAGAGACCAGAAGUUGCUGGGGGACAUCGCUGGGGCACAGACAUAUGCUUCCAAGGCGCUUCGUUUCAAUAGAAUUGCAUUGGCACUUAUUAUUAUUCUCACGGCCCUCUUUAUGUUGAUAGUUGUGAUUUGUGUCAAAUUAAAGUUUGGUUCAGUUUUUAAACUAGUUUUGGGGAUUCUAGACUAA